UGUGAUGUCUGGACCACUCACUUUCAAAUAAUCUUGGAUAAAUGACCCUUUCCUAAAGAUUUUCUUUCUCUGCUAAACAGUCGAGUGCAGUCAAGGAAACAGCAAGAAAAGCACAGAAACAAGAAAUCCUUCAAGCCAUCACCAUUUUUACAAUGGUGCCAAUAUUCUUGUGCUUCUUCAUCCUCAUCUCUGCCACUUCCACCACAACUGCCACUGACCACAUUGUUGGUGCUAACAAAGGCUGGAAUCCUGGCAUCAACUAUACUCUUUGGGCCAAUAAUCACACCUUCUAUGUUGGAGAUUUUAUCUCAUUUAGGUACCAAAAGACUCAGUACAAUGUGUUUGCAGUGAACCAGACUGGCUAUGACAACUGCACAACAGAAGGAGCAACAGGGAACUGGAGUAGUGGUAAAGAUUUUAUACCUCUUAAAGAGGCAAAGAGGUAUUACUUCAUUUGUGGGAAUGGACAGUGUUUCAAUGGCAUGAAGGUUUCUGUUCUUGUUCAUCCUUUGCCUCCACCACCAUCAUCUAGCAUUUCUGCUAACCAGACUUCUUCAAAGGAUUCUGCUGCUCCAGUGGUUUUGCAUAAAGGAUUUGUUGGCUGUAGGGCUUUGAUCUUGGCAUUUACUUCCAUUUGGUUUGGAUUUGGUUGGAUCUAGUAUUAGAUAUAAUUUGGUUGUUGAGGCCUAAUGAGCUUUAUUAUUACAGCUCAAAUCUACCAGUCUGCUUCCACCACCCCGAACCCUUCCUCUCCUUUUCGUUUUCUUCAUAUAAUUUCCAUUUAUCCUCAUUUCUAUUUGUAUUAGAAUUUAAUUGAAAUUGUUUACUUGGUUUGACUAGCAAUUCUUUGAUGUGCUCAUUUCCAAUUUGUAUUAAAACGAAAAAUAGAGAAUGCAUUCUGAAUUAGUGUUGAUAACGAGGUUCAA